AUGAGUUCUCUACACAACCUCUUUUGCUGCAUGAAAUCAAGAGAACCAAAUUCAACGACGAAUAAUCCUACAACUAUGAAUUUUCUUCAGUUACCGGGAAAAACAGCAGCGGCGACAAAUAAACCACGUGCUCAAGUCGCUUUAGCUCCUCAGCAUGGUUUAAUGGAUUGGAUACGCAAAAUGAAUAAUACUCCGAAUAUUUCGGGAACCAAUGGGAAGUUAUUGACUGUUACAGAAGAGGAACUAGCUAAACAUAAUAAGAAAACCGAUUGUUGGGCAGCUAUCAGCGGAAAUGUAUACAAUAUCACUCCAUAUCUGGAUUAUCAUCCAGGAGGGGUAGAUGAAAUCAUGAAAGGUGCUGGUAUUGAUGCUACAGCACUUUUUCAAGAGAUACAUUCUUGGGUCAACUUUGGUUCUAUGUUAGAAAAAUGUCUCGUCGGUCGACUAGUGACAAAACACGGUCCAAUAGAUGGAGCAUUAGCCAAAAAAAAGUCUUUACCUUCCCGACUCCGAUUCGAUUUUCGACAGCCGGAUUCGAAAAGUUUGACUCUGUUCAUAUAUACGACAUGCUUGACGUUAACUGUUGAGAAAAUCUUUGUUAAUAUUGAAAAUGGCAAAAAUCUUACUAUUCUUAUUUUUAUUGAUGGGUUCGUUCAUACAAUAUCGAUAGAAUUACUUGAAUUAGUUACAAAUGAUUUCAAUGUACGAAUCUCAUCGAAUAAGCAAGAUCAAAUUGAAAUUGAUCUGAAAAAACAAACAGAUCAAAUGUGGAAAUCUGUGGGAAAGUUUGCUUCGAACCAUUUAUCAAUUUGUCCAAUGCAAGAUUUCGAGCCCAUAUACUUCAAUGCCACGCUGAUAAAACGAACAUCAGUGACACAUGAUAGUGACUGGUACACAUUCUCUCUUCCAUCGAAUGUUUUCAUGUUACCUCCGAUUGGAUACCACAUUCGAUUGCAGCGAACCAAAGAUGGUGUAAUUAUUACGAAACCAUACACAGUUGUAAACAAAUUAGACGAAGAAAACAAAUCGUUAUCUGAACAUACAAUUGAACUGCUAAUCAAACAUUACAUUGAUCGAACAAUGACUCCAAUGUUACAACAGCUAUCUAUUGGUGAUACAAUAGAAAUGAGUUCAGCUGAAGGCGCUUUUGACACUGCUCGAAUUGAUAUGUGUCGCACAUUAGUUCUCAUUGCAGCUGGUACUGGUCUGACACCAAUGAUCCGAAUUUUGAACUACGCUACUAAGCAAAUUGAUAAUGAACAGAAUCGAGAUAUAUUUCUACUGUUCUUUAACAAAACUCAAAAGGAUAUUCUGUGUGGUGCGGAGUUACAAGCAAUGUCAGAAAAGUAUAAAUUUACUGUCCAUAAUAUUCUUUCGCGGCCGGAGUCGGAUUGGACAGGUGAAACGGGCUAUAUACGUGGUGAGCUUCUCCAUCGAUUGUUACCGGAACCACCUUCCAAAACCAACGUUACAAAUACGCUUGUUUGCGUUUGCGGACCCGCACCAUUUUCAAAACUAGCUUUCGAUCUAUUAAAAGAACAUGGCUACAACGACAGUCAUUUACAUUUAUUCCUGGGAUAA